UAAGAACGGCUGAGCCGCAGAAGAAAUCUACUGAGAAGUGGAAUUGUAUGUGAAAUGGCAGAAAUUGCUCCAGAAGCUCCCGCUAACCCACCGACGAAGGUGCCGAAGAAAAAAGCGAGCUCAAAGCCUAAGAAGAAGGCUGGCCCUAGCGUGUCUGAUUUAAUCGUGAAGGCUGUGUCGGCUUCAAAACAGCGUCACGGGCUCUCUUUGGCUGGGCUGAAAAAGGCUCUUGCGGCAGGGGGCUAUGAUGUGGAGAAGAAUAACGCCCGUGUAAAAUUGUCCGUGAAAAGCCUUGUGAGCAAAGGAUCUCUCGUGCAGACGACAGGUACCGGCGCCUCUGGAUCUUUUAAGAUCAAUAAAAAGCAGGCAGAGGCCAAGGAAAAAUCUGCAAAGAAAAAGGCGGCCCUGAAGAAGAAACCAGCGGCAAAGAAGCCCGCAGCUGCUAAGAAGGUGAAGAAGCCAGCGGCGAAGAAACCCACAGCAGCUAAAAAGGCGGCUAAGAAGCCUAUCGCAGCCAAGAAAGCCACUAAGAGUCCCAAGAAAACGAAGACGGCUGCAAAGCCCAAAAAGGCAACAAAGAGUCCGAAGAAGCCCAAAGCAGCCAAGCCGAAAGUGGCCAAACCUAAAACUGUAAAGAAGGCGGCGCCGAAAAGAAGUAAUUCGUUUAAGUAACCCGAAGUUUGUAUAAACGGUUCUUUUCAGAGCCAU